AUUAGAAGACGGGGAAGUAACCUUAAAGAUAUUGGACUUCUCGCUGCUAAAGCAAGGUAAUUUCAAUACAGUCAUCUAGACGACUGAGAUUUUGCUUAGCAAAGUAUUUGCCGGUAUGUUUAACCUAUUCUGAUCCUCACUUUAAAACCGAGAAUUUUUACAAGGAUUACUUUUGUCAAGAAAGGUUGGAUUUUUAAAGAGCAUUAUUUUCUUCGAGGAGAAGGGCUUGACUUAGCAAAACAAAAUUUGUCCGGACUUUUUUUAAGAAUGUAACCAUGCCACAAAGGUGAGAGUUUUCUACUCAUUGUACAACAAAGUUAUUUUAGUGUUUCAAAAUUUAUGUCGUUUCAGGUCGAAUCAGAUUAUUCUUCGAACGGAAGAAAUGUGCUCGUAUAUCAGAGCAUUUUUCGUCUUGGUCUCCUUGUUCUUCUUCCUUCAGGCAAGUGAGGCUGGUCUUCUGCAGGAGAGGUUGCUAAGUAGGCCUAUGCUGAGAGACGUAUACAGUAAAAAGAGUACUGAUGUAGAGAAUCCGAGUUACAGAAGGUACUGUCUAUUUUAAAUUUACUAUUUUUAACCGAACUGUACCAUUUAAAUUGGAAAUAGGACAGAACCUAUCACAUUGUUCAGCUCUGAACUGGCGUCCGUUCCUGACCGUUGUGGUUCUGCCACUUCCCCUACCCUCUCCCCCACCCUUAACCCUGUCCCUUCAACACUCCCCUCCCCGCAGGAUAUCACCCUGUAAGCUCAUUCACUUGCUUAUUUCAACCAUUUAUGAGUCCUCCCAGUUAUAGACCCAUCCGCGACCUGUAAGCAAAAAAAACACACACUACAGUGGAACCUCGAUACAUUAUAACAAACCUCUUUAUAUCGAAAUCCUCGGUGUAAGUAGACUACGAGUAGACCCUCAUUUUGCCUCACUGACAGUAGAGCGAGCGAGACGCAAGCGCGCGUGACAAUCACCGCACGCGAGAAAGGCGACACACGCGCGCUCGCGUCUGGCUCGCUCUGCUAUCCCUGAGAGAAAAUGAGGGACUACUCGUAGUCUACGGUAUAACGAACGAUUUUCGUUGCCCCAGUAAUAGUAAAGUAUAUGGAAAAGAACCUCGAUAUAUCGAAACCUCGUUUUUGCGAACAACUUUUGCCAGUCCCUUGCUUCGUUAUAUCGAGGUUCCCGGCACUGUAUCAAGGCCUCGUUGACACUGCAUGAGGUUAUUUCUUCAGACUGGUGAUUCGUGAAAAUUGAGAAAAUUUUGGCAUCGAAUUUGCCGUUGUCGUUUGGCUCAUGUAAACGCUGGCCGAAGAUGACUCGACUGGGAGGGUGACCCUUCUACACGUGACAUGUUUUCUCCAGAAAACGAGUCCUUAGCCUUUUCCUGGAUCAAGUAAACAACGAUAUACAGUAUAAAUCCUUUAUGAAGCCCCUCCCCCUCUCAAAUAAGCCCCCUCCUUCUAAUAAGCCCCCCUUUUCAGGGGAAGAAAGUUAAUAAGCCGCCCCCCACCUCCCCUCCCCUCCCCUAAUUAUUCUUCACUAUUAAAUGAGAGACUGUAUUUAUCAAUUAUGACUGUAAAACUUCGUGUGGACUAAUCCGGGAUGGUUUAUUUACCGACUGGAAGUUCGGAUCUGAUUCUGAUCCUCGGCUACAUGACCUCCAACCUUCAUGUUCUUAGGCUUCUCCACUUUGUAUUCUAGUUCUUUAUCGAGAACUUAUACCAUCGUCUUUUCUACAUAAACUAAUCCCCCUCUCAAAUAAGCCCCCCGUCCCUAUUAAUCCUCCCCUAAAAUGGGCUUAAGACUAAUAAGCCCCCGACCGGGGGACUUAAUAGAGGAUUUGCGGUAUAGAACUGGUAAACGCAACUUGGUAUUGGUAUAUAAGUCUCAACCGCGAAAAGAAAUGUGAGAGAUAUUUUUCUUUUAGUUUAGCGCGAGAUCAAAAUGAUGUCGAACAGAAAAAGGAGAUACUCGGUGACGAAUAUACAGCAAGAUUUUCACAAGUACAUUCUAAACGACAGGGGUGGCAAUGUCGCUAUGGUAGCUGUGGAAAAUAAACGAGUUGGUUAGUGUUCAUUUUUUUUUCCUGUCUUACAAAUCAAAAGGCUGCGAAUACAGCCAUCUCUACUCGCUCCUAGCCGCUUGGGAAGUUUCGCGAAAGGUCUGUUUUCGCAGGCUAUUUGAUAGAUGUCCUCUUGUAAAAAAAACUGGGGGGGCAAUCCCUCAUUUCCCCUUAAUGGAUAUGUGCCUCUGAUUCAGGGUCUGAUUCAGUUUCUCGAGUCUUCAACAGGGUACGCAACAAUUCUAGCACUUCAUCCACAGAUUGGAAAAUUAGACUCACCUUUUAACGACAAACAACAAUAGCAGGUUAUUUAGGUAUUUCCAAUGAUUUACAAGCCAUUACCUUAACAAUAAUACUAGGGCUAGAGGUUUAAAGAAAGAGAUUGAUUAUAAAAGAUCAUAAAUGUAUAUCAUUUUGUUCGAAAAGACGUUUCAUGUCUAAUUUUCAUCAAUUGAAAAAUAAAAGGAGAAAUAAGUCUGCAUACAAAGGGAUCAAUAUUAUUAAAAAGGGAUACUUUUUUGAGGAUAGAUUGAAAUCUUUGAAAAAAGGAUUUUUUGAAAUUAAUCUAGUAUAAAGAUAAAGCAUCACGUUUGCGUCAAUUGCUGGUGUUCAGUGUCACGAUAUCCAAAAUAGAUCAAAAUAAAAAUCAAAACCAUUCGACAGAUAAAGUCCAGAAUCUGGGAAACGAAAGGAGGUAAAUAUACAAAGACCCUCGCCAAGAUUUGGGUCGAAGGAAUAAUUCGUAUACGAGAUAUCUGAGGAAACGUUUUACCCAAAUUUAUAGAGCUUUGUAUGGAGACGCCAUGCUAGAGCUCAUCCGGAUGAGCUCCAACAUGGCGGACGGAAACCAAAAGAAACAUCUGUUACCGAGUUUUGCUAGAAAAGCGCGAAUUUACUCCUAGAGGAACUCAUAAACAUUAAAGUAAUACUUUUUCUAACACUUUAACUGUUUAGAUAGCAAAAUUCCUCGAAAAAAGUCACUUUUUUAACCUAAAUGACAGCUCUCUCGGCCGUCAUGUAAAUGCUGUGUCACGCAAAAGCUUAGAAAUUCAAGCGUACUCUAUUACAAAACCAAGAACCCUUUUGAAGGGAAAAUUUGUUUGAAAACUAGUUUUCAGCUGCUUUAAUACACCAUGAAAGUAAAAUCUCACUAGGAUCGAUAGUUUUGUAGUUUGAAUUUUAGUGACGUCAUGUGAAAACCAACAAUUAGCACCACGUGACCAAGUGUCCUCUUUACUUGCCUUUUACUGUUCAUUAUAUCAACACAUAAAUUAGUAGUUUCAGGCAAUGUUUACGUUUUUGUCCAUACAAAUUGUUUUGAACUGUUUUUAUCUGCUCAUUUUCUAUUGUGAGAAAUUCUCAACUAGGAGAUGACUAGCCGUCUGCCGAAUACGUGAAGCUUAAACUCUCUAUAAUUAUAAAGACUGCAGGAAAACAGAACAUGUUUUUCAUCUUCAGUUUCACCCCAGUUACAGAAAGUGCAGAUUCUUAGGUGCAUAGCGGUCUUUGGCAAUGAGUGUCGGCCCGUUUCAAUACGCAAAGUAUGAUUCCCUAGACGAAAUUUAUCAAAUGGCAAUUUUAUCUUGGGAAUUCUUGUCUGAUAUCUUUUUUGAAAGAGGCGUAGAAGUUUAGUUUUCGGUUUGUGUUAAUUAACAACAAUAAUUGAUGGCAUGAUAAAGCGUCUUUAACAUUUAAUCUGAGAUGGGAGGUAAGGUUUGUAUUGUUUUCGUUGAGUGCUAGAGAAUUUGGUCUAUAAUUUUCAAAUAAACUAUUUACUUUGAGGGGUUUCGAUCAGCUAAGUCUGUCUUAGUCUGGCUUAGUCGGUCUGUCUGUCUGUCUGUCUGUCUUUUACAGCAUGAUAAUACAGCAACAAGACAAAAAGUUACGGCUCAGUAGCUUUCAUACAAAUGGUCACACUUUAGGAUUUCAUUCACAAACUCAAAAGUUAAAGCCACCUUAUACAGUAUCAGUACCACAGGAAAGUACUCAGCUCAGUAGAUUUCAUUUGAAUGGUCAUACUUGGGAUUUCAUCCACAGACUCAAAUGUGAGAAACACCUUGUACAUUAUAAUAAACAGUACCACAGGAAAGUACUUCUCAGUGGCUUUCUUUUGAAUGGUCAGGCGGACUAA